GGGAAGACAAACUCCGAUGUAUCAGGUAUGAAUUGGCGUCUCAACUGACCGUACUUGAGCAACAUGUGGAGUCCGGCUGCUGGAAACUCGAAAGCUAAUCUAGACCAUCAUCACCCAUCACGGUGAUGUAAACACGCAAUCUAUCGUGGUAUCAUUGGCGGACCAGAUGGUGUUCCAGAAUAUGGAUGCGACCUCCGUCCUUGGUUAAGGCCCUUUAUGUGAAAUUUGGCCAUAUCGGGUCAAGACUUGUGCAUGGCGUCCAGACAAGACCGUCUGCUGGACGAGCUCCGCUCCCUGGCAAUGGCGACACAAUUAAGCUACCGACGGCUGGCGCUGCCAUCCAGCAAACCCAGUACACCCUUAUCUAUUCAUACGGACCGGAUUGCCCCAUGGGGCUUGAUGAGCUGUCGUCAAGCUGAUAAGAGCGACAGCAUGGUAUGUGCUAUCUCCUAUAUGUAAGAACCCUUACUGUCAGCGUCUCGUCAGCCACCAUCUCUCAAGAGCCCGGUAUCUUAUCGAGUACUUCCUCUCCUUUCUGCCUUCCAGCGCCCUUGAUCUAUCUGCCCCUUUGAUCAUGGCUCCAGCACUACUGAACUAUCUUGGCUUCGGCAGCUCCGCGGCCGCCGACGAAGAGAAGAGCUCCGUGAGAGCUUUGCCUGCACCAUGGUACACCUCACAGGAAAUGUAUGAGCUUGAGAGAAGAGCAAUCUUCUCAAGGAGAUGGCUGCUCACCACACACAAGAAUCGGUUCAAGGAGUCGGGUGACUGGCUACGUUAUGAGAUUGCUGGCUUCAACGUUGUCUUGGCCAAAGACCGCAAUGGGAACAUCAACGCUUUCCACAACAUCUGCAGGCAUCGUGCCUAUCCAGUUGUGGACGAGGACAAAGGAUCGUCGAAGAUCUUCGCUUGCAGAUACCACGGCUGGUCCUACGGCCUUGACGGCAAGCUUGCAAAAGCCCCUGGAUACCAAGACUUACCUGGCUUUGACAAGACACAGAAUGGCCUGCUCCCUAUCCAUGUCCACAUCGACAUCAACGGCUUCAUCUGGAUCAACCUGGAUGGGAAACAAAAGCCAGAGGUUUCCUGGGAAGAAGAUCUUGAUGGCGUCGACUCGCAAGAAAGAUUACAGCAAUUCCAGUGGGAUCAAUAUGAGUUCGACCACAUCUGGGAGAUCGAUGCUGCAUACAACUGGAAGAUUGCAGCUGACAACUACAACGAAUGCUACCACUGCAAGACGACGCAUCCUGACAUCCCCACCGUUGCAGACCUUGCUUCCUACGGGGUCAACGUGCAACGCGCGUGGAUCCAGCACAACGGCGCCACCACACCUGAACAGAAAGCCAGGGGCUUGACAGUUUGUGCCACUUACUUCUGGCCAAAUGCUUCGAUGAAUGUCUCACCUCACUUCUUUUUCACUCAGCGGUUCAUCCCUCGUGGUCCCAAAAACACGCUUGUGCGCUACGAGGUGUUCCGCAACAAGAAUUCAAGCGAGGAAGACUUCCAAUUGAUCAACCAGAUCUACAAGCGAAUCAUGUCGGAAGACAAGGCUCUGUGUGAUGCUGCACAACGUAACCUCAACGCGGGCGUUUUUGUCAACGGCGAGAUGCACCCGAAGAUGGAAAAGGGCCCUCUCUACUUCCAGAAGCUCGUCCGUGAGGCAGUCACGGAACAUCACAAGCGCGAACAGGCCGCCAAAACCGAGAUCUGGCCAGCUCGUCAAACCCUGCCUAACAGUGCGUUGGAUACGAAGAAGGACAUUGACUUUUGCUCCGGUCUUGCCUGCUCGACAAGUCAGGCAGGUCUGGUUUGGUAAUGACGAUUCAUAAUAGGUUUGUUCGAUGAUUAUUGACGCCAACCUGGGCUUUCCUGUUAGACUUUGUUGCAUAGCAUAGGUCUGGGAUGAUAUUAACGAUAUUUGCAGAAUGAUUAUUCCAACAUCAAGAGGACUUGGCUCCGCAGUAUCGAAAAUUCGUCAGUUUUGACAAGCCA